AUGGUGAAGCAAAAGAAAAAGGGCCAGGCCGGCCAGGCCCGCAACUACAUCACGCGCACGCAGGCCGUCAAGAAACUGCAAUUGAGCCUCCCCGACUUCCGCAAGCUCUGCAUCUGGAAGGGCAUCUACCCGCGCGAGCCGCGCAGUCGCAAGAAGGUGUCCAAGUCGGCUACGGCCUCGACUACCUUCUACUACACCAAGGACAUCCAGUACCUGCUGCACGAGCCGCUGUUGCAAAAGUUCCGCGACCAAAAAGUCCUCGAGAAGAAGAUCUCGCGCGCCCUCGGCCGUGGCGACGUAGGCGAUGCCGCCCGUCUCGAGCGCAACGCUGCCCGUCCCGACCAGACCGGCAAGCCCCGCUACACCCUGAACCACGUCAUCCGCGAGCGCUACCCGACCUUCAUCGACGCCCUGCGUGACCUGGACGACUGCUUGUCUAUGCUCUUCCUCUUCGCUAACCUGCCCUCGACCACCGCCGUGCCCGCCAAGAUGAUCGCUCGCUGCGAGCGCUUGUGCCUUGAGUUUGAGCACUACCUCAUCACCUCGCACAGCCUGCGCAAGUCGUUCCUGUCGAUCAAGGGGAUAUACUACCAGGCCAACAUCCAGGGCGAAGAUAUCCUGUGGUUGGUGCCGUACAAGUUCAACCAGCGGAUUGUGGGCGAUGUCGACUUCCGCAUCAUGGGCACAUUCAUCGAGUUCUACAUGACCCUGCUCGGCUUCGUCAACUACCGGCUGUACACCUCUCUCGGCCUCAAGUACCCGCCAAAGUUCGACCAGACCAAGGACGACCAAGGUGCCGAGCUGGCCGCCUUUUCGCUCGAGGGCGUCAACCUCGCGACUCAGGAUGAUACCAAGGCCAUCACUAAUGGCAGCGAGGCAGAGCAGCACGGCCCCGAUCCCACGGUGCAGGCCGAGGUGGACAAGGUCGUGCAGCAGUUGCGGAACGAAUCGGGCGAGACGGUGGAGGAGAGCUCAGCGGCGGCCGUAGACGACAACGAGAAGGACAUAGGGGGUGAUGACGAGGACAAGCCCAGCGACGCGAUCGACAAGUUCGAGCCCGUCGCGCCCGGCGGUGACGUCCUCCCGCAGCCAUCGUACGGUAGCAGCGACCCGUCGCAACUGUUUUCCAAAUUCACCUUCUUCCUGUCCCGCGAGACGCCCCGGCAACCGCUCGAGUUUAUCCUCCGCGCCUUCGGCUGCAAGAGGAUAGGCUGGGAUUCGGUCCUCGGCGAAGGGUCCUUCACGACCGACGAGUCAGACCCGUCCAUCACACACCAGAUCAUCGACCGCCCCGUCGUGCAGGCGGCUGUUAGCGAACAGGGAGACGGCGAGGACAACCAGACGGCGCAAAAAAUCGGCCCGAACCACCGGUACCCGGGCCGGUUGUACGUGCAGCCGCAGUGGGUGUGGGAUAGCGUGAAUGAUGAGGAACUCAAGGCGCCCGAGCUGUAUGCCCCCGGUGCUGCGCUACCGCCGCAUCUUAGUCCCUUUGUUAAGCCUACCCAAGGGCAGUAUGACCCGACCGUUCCUCUGGAGGAGCAACAGACCGAGGGCGAGGCCAUUGAGGCCGCGUUGGAGGAUGCCGGCGAGGAGGAAGGCGAGGACUCGGAGGUUGAGAAUGACAUCGACAUCGCGGCUGAUGAGGAGGAAGAGGAAGAGGAAGAGGAAGGUGACUUUGGUGGAUUCUCCGGAGACGAAGUGGACGACGAGGACGAGGACGAAGAAGAUGAGGAGGAAGACGACGAAGAAGAGGAAUCCGCCGCACUGCAGCGGCAACUUGAGCUUGAGGCCGAGGCAUCGGGCAAGUCGGUGCAAGCCAACGGCAGCCAGUCGAAGAACAAGAAGGUUGACGCCAAGACCAAGGCGAAGCUGGAAGCCAAGAAGGUGCUGGAGCGCAAGAAGAAGCAGGAGGCGGAAGACUUGGAACGGGCCAAGGGCAUGCUGAGCAAGAAGAAGCGGAAGCUGUUUGAGCAGAUGCAGUAUACCAACAACAAGAAGAGCGCGGAGGACUUGAAGUUGAGGCAAAAGCGGAGGAAACUGGAGAAGGAGCGGAAGGCGUAG